AUGAUUUUCCUUCGUCAUCAUCUUGAUGAGGGCCAGAAGAUUGAUUAUCUGAUGGUAAAAGAUUCACUUGAAUUGCGGAUUGAUUUAAAGGUGAGAUAUGACCACCUAAAGGCAACAGCGUUGCCAAGAGCUCGUUAUGAGUGGAUGCAUUUACAGUUUCAAGAUUUUAAGACCCAAUAUCGUGAAAAGGAUUUUCAGAAAUACUUUGAACUGAUCUCAUGUCUCCUGAUGGCUGAGCAACAUAAGACUCUUUUAAUGAAAAAUCAUGAAGCUCGUCCCACUGGAACUGCUUCAUUAUCGGAAGCAAAUGUGAUGGAAGCACGUGAUCAAUAUGAAGUAAAAAGAGUUGAUCAUCGGGCCUAUAAUAAUGCACGGGGACGUGGCAAAGAUAAGAGGUGA